AUGGAGAAAUUAUUGUUGUGUUUUGUGCUUAUCGUUGCCGUUAGUGGACACAAACAUCAUCCUAAAUUUCCUAAAAAUGCUGAGGAUUAUAUUAUACCUGUACCUAGAAAAGUUGUAUGUUCAAGUGAAAAUGCCCGCGAACGUGACGAUAUUAUUGAACAAUCCAAAUGUGGAGAACCAAAAGAAGUUUUUGAAUAUUUGAAGAUCAAUGCUGCACAUGAACAGGUUAGUCCUCGUGCCGUUUGGGUCAAAAGAUGCGUCGGCCUCUGCGAGUACGACAAUGAAGGUACCUGCGUAGCUACUGAGACCGUCACCCGACAUAUACCCAUACGAAUAUACAACUUGAAGACUGACAAGGAGACGUGCGCAACGUAUCCAAUCACAGAGCAUGUUAGCUGCGGGUGUUGCGCGCUGUCGCCUGAGAAGUGCGCCGCGCCGAGAGUGUUCAAUCCUCCGGAACCGGAAUAUGAGGUGGAAUCGGUCUAA